CUUGUUAUUGGACUCUGCAUGUUUCGAUUCCAUCAUACUUAUUACCCUGGCAGUUCACCUUACUUGACUAAAGCGAGUACCGACAUCAACCAUUUGGCUGCACUAUGUGCUCAGACGCGGCUUCUGCUGGAUAAUUGACAAUUGUUAUUAGUUAAGUUGUUAACGCAAGCUGAUACUAUAGGAUGGCUGUUCUUCUGGAAACCAGCAAGGGUGACAUCGUCAUAGACUUGUUGACAGAUGAAUGCCCAGUGGCCACUAAGAACUUCCUCAAGCUUUGCAAGAUAAAGUAUUACAACAACUGCCUGUUCCACAAUGUGCAACGGAACUUCAUCGUUCAGACAGGGGAUCCAACGGGCACGGGCAAGGGCGGCACCUCUAUCUACGGCGAACUGUACGGCGACCACGCGCGCUUCUUCGAGGACGAGCUCCGCCCGCACCUGAAGCAUGUACGGCGGGGUGUGGUGGGCAUGGCCUCCCCGGGCGAGGGCCUCAACGCCUCCCAGUUCUACAUCACCACGGGGGAGCAGCUGGACAGCCUGGACGGCAAGCACACCGUGUUUGGGCAGGUGGCUGAGGGCUGGGAGGUGUUGGACGCCAUCAACGAGGCCUUCGUGGACGCGGAGGGGCGGCCCUUCCAGAACAUCCGCAUCCGCCACACCAUCGUGCUGGACGACCCCUUCCCCGACCCGCCCGAGCUGGGGGAGCUGGUGCCGCCCGCCUCGCCGCCGCCAGAGUUCGGGGAGGGCGACCGCCUAGAGGACGACUGGGCCCCGCACCAGGACACCCGGCCCGCGGAGGAGGUGGAGGCGGAGAGCCGGCGCGCGGAGGCGCACCACCGGGCUGUGGUGCUGGAGAUGGUGGGCGACCUGCCGGAUGCGGAUGCCAAGCCGCCCCCCAACAUGCUGUUCAUCUGCAAGCUGAACCCGGUCACCAGCGAGGAAGACCUGGAGAUCAUUUUCAGCAGGUUCGGUCGCGUCACCUCCUGCGACAUCAUCCGCGACUGGAAGACGGGCGACUCGCUGAACUACGGCUUCAUCGGGUUCGACUGCGACGAGGCAUGCGAGGCUGCGUACUUCAAAAUGAACAACGCGGUGAUCGACGACCGCCGCGUGCGGGUGGACUUCAGCCAGUCCGUACACCACCUGUGGAAGCAGUUCAAACGGGGCGGCAAGAAGGGCGAUGCCAGCAUGGGCCGACUGGCGGACCAGCACCAGCGGCAGGAGAAGUCUCGCAUCGAGCUCAAGAACAACCCCCGCAACGGUCCGGGAGCCCGAGGCGGUGGCGGCGGUGGCGGUGGUGGCAGCCAUGACUUGCUGCUACUUGAUACCGACCAUGCAGCCCUAGCUGCAGCAGCAGCGGCGGCAGCAGCAGCAGGAUCAGGAGGAGGCGGCAAACGAGCACGGGAUGCCGGUGGCGAGCGGGAUGGGCGCGAUGAGAGUGACCGCCACCGUCGCCACCACCAUCAUUAUGAUCAUCAUCAUGACGAGGAGAAGCAGCAGCAGCAGCGCCUGGAAGAUGGGGGUAGAGAUCGGGGUCGGGACCGGGAUCGUGGCGGCGAGCAAGUGCGCAGGGGCGACGGAG